AUGAGAAACAUUAUCACCAUCCUACUUAUCGCCAUGGCCGCCUUCCUGGGCCUGGUCAAUGCUGGCCUGAUCGAUGCAGGCGACCUGAACACCCACAACACCCCAAAGCUACAGAACAACACCAGUGGUAGCAACCAAACCGUGUCAAAUGUCUCUGAGUCACGCACCAGCUGCUACUCGGCGGGAACAGAGUGGGCCGACCUUGGAAACUGGCAGGAUGUCUUUAAUGCGCUCCAGGUCAGCGGUGUCAUGAGGGUCCAUUCCAUCCCCGCUGGUUACCACAUUCCUGACAAUGUACCUGUGGGACCGCAUUGCUACGUCUACGAGGUUGGCAUCACCAAGGGCCACGCAUACCCUUCCAAGGUGGACUACAACAAGGGCCUGGAGAUGGUUUAUACCUGCACACGCGGUGGUAAGAAGAACGUCAACUUUGUGGACCCAAAUGGUGACGGAGAAAUUAUAGCCAAGGGCUGGGUAAAGGGUGAUCCUCAGCGCAACAAAGACUGCUCUGGGCAGUAG